AUGCGUAAAGUCGGAGUCGGUGAUGUGGAAGCGAAAGCACUCGGAAAAAUUCUCCAGUCAAAUCACACUUUGACUCAUCUGUGUUUGGCUGUCAAUGAGAUAACUCCUGUCGGAGUUGAAGCUUUAGCAGACGCUCUAAGGUCCAAUAAAAUAUUGGAGGACUUGAAUAUCGAAGAUAACGUCAUUGAUGAUGAGGGGGCCGAAGCACUCGGAAAAGUUCUCCAGUCAAAUCAGACUUUGACUAAUCUAUGCUUAGCUGAUAAUAAGAUAUCACCUAUCGGAGUUAAAGCUUUAGCAGAAGCUUUGAAGUCCAAUAAAAUAUUGGAGAGCUUGGAUAUCGGAAAUAACGAUAUUGGUGAUGAGGGAGCCGAAGCACUUGGAAAAGUUCUUCAGUCAAAUCACACUUUGACUCAUUUGUACGUAGCUUAUAAUCAGAUAACACAUAUUGGAGUUAAAGCUUUGGCAGAAGCUCUGGGGUCCAAUAAGAUAUUGGAGAACUUGAAUAUCGGAAAUAACUACAUUGGUGAUGAGGGAGCCGAAGCAAUUUCUCAAGUCUUGGAGUCUAAUCGAACCCUAAGGGAACUGAAUGUGGAUAUUAGAGCACAAGCCUUUUGCCCACCACAUCGCCAAAUUGGUGAUCAAGGGGUAAGAGAUAUAGCACAUGCUCUCCAAUAUAACAGUUCGCUGACUCGCCUAAGUAUUUGUGGUCAUAGUUUUAGUAACUCAUCAUUCGCAGCGCUUGGAAAAGCCCUUCAGUCAAACUGUUCUCUGACUCAUUUAUACCUGCGGGGUUUUGGAACUGGCCUUACCGGACAUCACUUAGUUGAUGGUUUAUCAUUUGAAACCUUUUCAAAGGCUCUUCAGUCACGUGGCACUCAGAUGACCCAUUUAGAUCUAGGUAACCUCUCAAUUAGCUCAUCACGUGUAAAACCCCUAGCACAGGCUCUAAGUGUCAAUGGCACUCUAAAACGGUUAGAUUUGAACAAUAACGAAAUUGACUGUCCAGGCGCAGUAACUCUAGCACAGGCACUGAAAACAAAUCAAAGCCUGAUUCGAUUGCAGCUGAGAAACAACAAAAUCGGUGAUGCUGGAGCUAAAGAAUUUGUAGAGGUUCUUCAGUGCAAUAAGACUUUGAUGUUUCUAGGCUUGAUGAACAAUCGGAUGACUAAGUCAGGAGAAGACCUCUUCAAGGUUUUGGGUGGCCGAUUGAAAUUGAGCGAAUCGUCCGUCUUCAGCUGUGGCGUAGAGUGGAUUAGGAAUUAA